GUGCUGCUCGCGCGUGGUGGUUGAAGCGAAGACGCGUGAGCGAAGCGACCAGCGAGAGUUCCUGCUCAGCCAGCGAGGGAGGAGUUGUCACACUAAAAUGGAUGCAAGUAAAGGUAAAGGGGAUCAAGGGAUGCAAAAUCCAGUUGGUCAAAUGGAUAAGCCUGUUGGCUUCCAUUUUAUGGAAAGUAUGCUUCCUAAAGCAGUUAAGAGGAGAGUGCAUGCCCUGAAACGGCUACAGGUGCAGUGUGCCAACAUAGAGGCUAAGUUCUACGAGGAAGUCCACGAGCUAGAGAGGAAGUAUGCUGCCCUCUACCAGCCACUCUUUGAGAAGAGACGAGACAUUGUCACAGGAUCAGUGGAACCCACAGAUGCAGAGUGUGAGUGGCACAGUGACAGAGAGGAAGAGGAGGAGCUUGCUGAGGAAGUAAAGGAAAAGGCUUCAAUUGAGGAUGCAAAGAAAGGAGAAGCCACACCAGAGGAAGACCCAAAGGGCAUCCCAGAGUUCUGGCUCACCAUUUUCAGAAGUGUGGACAUGCUCAGUGAUAUGCUACAGGAGCAUGAUGAGCCCAUCCUAAAACACCUGAAAGAUAUUCAAGUCAAAUUUUCUGAGCCAGGACAGCCAAUGAGUUUCACGUUAGAGUUCCACUUUGAGCCUAAUGGUUACUUCAACAAUGCAGUCCUCACUAAAGUGUACAAGAUGAAGUCAGAGCCUGAUGCUUCAGAACCUUUCUCAUUCGAGGGGCCAGAGAUCAUUGACUGUGAAGGGUGUCAGAUAGAUUGGCAUAAGGGGAAGGAUGUGACUGUGAAAACUAUUAAGAAGAAGCAGAAGCAUAAAGGCCGUGGCACUGUUCGCACUGUUACUAAACAGGUCCCCAACGACUCUUUCUUCAACUUCUUUAAUCCAGUUAAAGCUUCACCCGAUGGAGAUAUGGAUGAGGACUCUGAGUUCACUCUAGCCACAGACUUUGAGAUUGGUCAUUUUUUCCGUGAGAGAAUAGUUCCCAGAGCAGUGCUGUACUUCACUGGAGAGGCCCUGGAAGAUGACGAUAGUUUUGAAGAGGAGGAGCUGGAAGAGGGAGACGAAGAGGAGCAAGAUGAGGAAGGUGAUGACGAUGAUGACGAUGGAGACUUGGACCCCAAGAAAGAACAGCCGCAGCCUGCCGAAUGCAAACAGCAGUAACCGUGGCGAUCAGGGGAGUGGAGACCUGCUGUCUGUCAAUUCAGCGCUUAUCCAAUUAGAAAGCCCCCCCCCCAGUAUUUCAGGCUCCACCCUUUUUAUGAACUCUCACCUGAACGCAAUAGAACGCAUUCAUACUGCGUUUUUACUCUGUGCAUGACUUCUUUUUUCUUUUUUUCUUUGUCUUGCGCCCAUCUCACCCCUUCUUAUUUGGCUUCAUUCAAACUAAAAGCAGGAAGUGACUUUACUUUAAUUGAACUACCACAGCAUCACACAGACCUCUUCUUUGUUUAAGGUGGAAAAUGUUACUACUGCCAAAAUAAUCAGACCAUGUGUAAAAAAAAAACAAUAGACAAAGAAUGGAUCUCAACGUAAGGUUAAUGGAAAUAAAUCAGUUACUCAGGGUUUUUUAAUGCCAAUAAGAAAAGUGAUAGUUAACCAGGAAACUGCUGAACAACUUAUUUUUCACUGGGGUUGCUGAAGUGUUUUUUUUUAAUGGUGUUUAUGUUUGACAUAAAAUGUAUCCUUUUGAGUUUAAUUUACAGUAUUUUUAAUGUUUGUUGUCAUGUUAUUGGACUAUUUAUUCUAGUGUCAUGCAGCUUUAUGAAGUGAUGCAUUUUUUUGGAUCUCUUCAAGGCCCAAGGUCACAGGUUCAUUCUCAUUGCGCCAAACAUUAUUUGGACUUAGCAGGUCAACAAAAUGUGAAUACUUAAAUGUUUAAAAGUACAUUUAAAACAUUUAGGAAACGUGUUCUCCAUUUACACUUGACAAGUAUUCAAACUUAGCACCUGUGUGGAUACAAAACACCAAUUAAUCACAUUGAACGGGUUGUACUUAUACCUCACAAGUCUCUUUUUACCAAGAACAUAUGAAAUUAGGACAGUGACUCCCCAGCUCUGUAUGUAAUCUGGUAAACAUUUUCCUCAGAUAAGAUUUAAGCAGACACAGUGGACACUCAACCUUGUGUUAGCUUUUUUUAAGACACAGUUGGUUUCCAGCUGAGACCACAUAGACUUGUAGAAGGUGGUUCUCCCACUGUAUGUUUUCCGAUGAAUUUCAUUGAGUUGGUGAUUGGGUCGGGUUCGGAUGUUUGGAAUAAAUUUAAAUUCUGUUGCCAACAAGCCAAAAUGAAAGACAAGACACACCCACGUCCUCUUUUAUUAAAAACAAUAUUUGCCAAUUGUCUUUAACAGUGAAAUCGAGUAAAGUUGUUAAAAAUAUAUAUAUAUAUACAUCUAUAUAUAUAUAUAUAUAUUUCUGUUAUUGUCUGAUGAUUCAGUAGAAUGUCUGUGGAAAGCAAAUGGGAGAGGUUGCCAAUGUCUUUUAUAUACUGCUCUUCGAUUAUGGCCCUUUGGUCAGACUGCUUUGCCUGGUGGCUGGUUGUCAAUUGCAGCAGCAGCAGCAAAAUAAAACCAUCCUAUGCGUCUUUUUACCAAGAACGAUUGUAGACCUUGUUGGACAGAUCCCUCAGCCGCGGUUGACAUCUUCACACCUACCACAUUGGACCGUGUGCUAGUAAUGGCCUUAACUGGUUCUUAUUCACAAUUUGUUACUUGCGCAAUAUUUCUUUUCAAUUUGUACAGAGUUAGUUAAAAUAUUCUAUUAAAUUUGUCCGACAUGGAAA